AUGCCUUUGAGGAUCAGCAUUCUGCUGAGCCACUGGCAGACUCUACAGGUGGCUUGGAUAAUUUGUGAUGAUCAAGGGAAUCCCAUACCCUUAGAUGCUCCACCACCUCCACACCCAUCAGAUUGUGGAUCUGAUGACUGGAUGCCAUACAACAAACAUGUCGAGUUUGAAGUUGCCAAUUUCCUGUACCAUCGCAACCAAAUGUCCAUGGGCGACAUUGAUUUUAUGUUCAAUCUGUGGGCAGCCUCAUUAGCAGCUCAUGGUGAUACUCUGCCAUUCACAAACCAUACUGACAUGUAUGACACCAUCAAUUCAACUUCUCUUGGUGGUGUUCCCUGGCAAAGCUUCAGUUUGCAGUACAACAGAAUUCUACCUGAUGACUCAGAUGAUGUUCCAUCAUGGAUGAAGUCUGAGUAUGACAUAUGGUUCCAAGACCCUUGGCUCCUGGUGCACAACAUCAUAUUGAACCUGGAUUUCAAGGACAAAUUUGACUAUGCACUGGUACAGGAGUAUAGUGUUAGUGAUGGAGCACAUCAAUUUCAUGACUUUAUGUCCGGCAACUGGUGUUGGAAACAGGCUGACUUAAUUGUGCAAGAUCUGGAUACAAUAGGAUCAAUGUUCAUUCCUAUCAUCCUUGGAAGUGACAAGACAACAGUCUCUGUCACCACUGGCCAUAACCAAUACUGGCCAGUCUACAUGUCCAUUGGCAACAUCCACAACAAUGUGUGGCAUGCACACUGCAAUGGCAUUGUACUACUUGGCUUCUUAGCCAUUCUGAAAACUAUGUACUCUAUUCUAAUUUUCCGCCACUGGCUUCUACACUCAUCACUCACAAAGAUGCUUGAAACCCUCAAGCCUGGCAUGACCAAACCGGAGGUUGUCCAUUGCCCUGAUGGCCACUUUCAACAAGCUGUGUAUGGUCUUGGACCAUACAUAGCAGACUAUCCCAAGCAAGCACUGCUUGCAUGUAUUGUACAAAAUUGGUGUCCAAAUCUCAAUGAAGGCAUGUAUGGCCAAUGUUCCCAUACUCACACUGAAGUUUUGGUUGAGGAAUUCAAACUAGGUGUUCUGUGGGAUGAAUACUGCCUUCUCAUCAAGGGAGCAUUCAAGGACCACCUAGUUCAGUGGGUGCAUGACUACAUUGAGGCUCAAUAUACAGAAGCCAAUAUGAACAGGAUACUGGACGACAUUGACCAUCAGUAA